GGAACUCCACCGUUCGGAUUGGUCACAAUCGGGACGGCCAUCCUCGUGGAGACUUACUAAGUGGCUUUAGGCUUUGGGAUAAUGUGACGAGAUCCCUACAGCAUACAGAGACAUGCUGCUGCGUACGAAUGCAACACCUCUACUAGUAAUGCACAGUAGAGAGGCCUUGCAUAUGUCCCUCACUAAUACUAGCCAGCCAACUGGAUUUCGUUGCGCCCUCCGAAUUUUGACCCCCAAUAUUAACACUGGGCUGAAGCGUUUAAGCCCCUCCACUCUUAGUGUCAACCGGAUCAACACCAAGCGAAAUGACCUCGAGCCUCGAUUUCCACUCCUAAUUUCCGGAUCACUCGGCUCACUAUUUGUGACGGUGUUGAGAAUUAUGAAUUAUGAAUUAUUCUUAUAAUUAGAUAAUUAGAUCUUGAAGAUCGCCACAUGUUUUAGAACCGAAUGACGAAGGACCUUCUGAUGCAGAAC